UUAAAUUCGCGAAGGAGUUUAGACCUCAGCCGGCCACCGUAGCUCGUUUCCUCCCGGAACUCAUAUGACGGGAAGUCUCCUUGAGGGAGGAAAAAGACGAAAGAAGAGAAGCUUCAGUCUGUCAGGAAGAAGAGUUUCCCGAAUCUCAUUGAAGAUUUGGGAGGUGGUCUCCCCCUCGGACCAUAACGAUGGUGAUCAAUGUCUGCCUCCCACAAUUCAAGCCGAGAAUCCACUGCAAUAAGAUCUCUGCUGAUGGAUAUGAAGUCGAAAACCUGAUCUCCGAAGAUCUUGCCAAGAGAAACCGUGGCUUCCGCUGUGAAUAUUUCCUCAAGCCCCCGGUCCACGUGACUCUGUCUUUCCCGUUCAAUGUAGAAAUUUACCGGAUUAACAUAGACGUCUCCUCAGGUGGUUGUCACAACGUCACAGGGCUGGAUAUUUACACAUCUACCUCAUCGAGCAAACCCUCUUGGGCCGGCCCAGAAUCUCUGUUCUCAGCUGGGCAACCUGCGUUGGACAAAGAGACUUUCACGUUAGUGGGCAAAGCAGUGCUGAAGAAUCAAAGCAAAGUGGCCUUCAGCAACCGCGGCUUCAAGCCCAGGCCUCCUUUCCAUCAUCAGAUGGACACUCCUUUCUCUUUUUCCGGCUCGGGGUCUCUGGACCUGUGGAAUAAAGGCCCAACCUCCCUGAGCAGUGUGUCGCAUUUGAAGAUCUGCAUCACCCAUGUGGCAGGCGGAGGCCUCCCUUGCCUUAAGAAAGUGGAGGUUUGGGGCCAACCAGCCAAAUCCUGUUCUCAUGAAGUGGUCGACGACGUGCUACGAGUGGCCUCCAUCUCCUUGGCCCCAGGCGUCGGAGGCCAAGCUGCCAGUCUCCCGUCUCCUAUGGAGAGCGACGUGGUGCCCUUCGGCAACCCAGACAGCCAGGAGCAGAAGCUGAUCGAUGCCAUUCAGGACAUCCCCGAGGAAUUCCUGGACCCAAUCACGCUGGAGGUAAUGACACUGCCCAUGCUGCUGCCCUCUGGCAAAGUGAUCGACCAAGGCACCCUGGAGAAGUGCAACCGGAGUGAGGCCUCGUGGGGGCGAGUGCCCAGCGACCCCUUCACCGGGGUGGCCUUCAGCCAGCACUCCCAGCCCCUUGCCCACCCGUCCCUCAAGGCUAGGAUCGACCACUUCCUCCUCCAGCACAGCAUUCCCGGCACUAACCUCCUCGGGAGGCGGGCCCAGGCCUUGGGGACGGUGGUGGCCUCUUCUAUAGCCAUGACUUCUCUCAAAAGGAAAAUAGACCUGGUGGAGCAGAAGCUGGGCGGCCAACGUGAGGUGACGGAACCUUCCCGCUUUUCGGCAGCAAACUCUGUAGUCGCCUCUACCUUGGAAUCCUGUGCGAAAAAAAUGAAAAUGGAGUGUGAUGCAAACUCCUCCCAGAUGGACUGCUCAACAGAACUGGUUUCUCACGAACAGAGGCUUUCGGAAAGCUUGGAUAGUGCCUUGAGCUCCGCACUCAGCAACAUGCCGUUGUUCACGGCUACCUUGGCAAAGGGGCAACAGCAGCAGCCACAUGGCAGUUCUAGCAGCCCAUGGAAUGCAAGCAGCGCACAUGAUCUCAACAGCAGCAGUAGCGCUGGCGGCCAGGGCUGCUCCUCCUGCUCUCGGACCUUUUCUUUGUACUUCAAAGCAGAACCUGUUUAUCAGCUGCCUUGUGGCCACUUGGUCUGUCGCUCUUGCCUGGCGGAGAAGCAGAAAUCUUUAUCGAUACUGUGUAUGAAUUGCAAAAGGUUGGUCGCCACACACGACAUUUUGAGAGUCCAUUUCUAGCACUUUUCUCUCCUUACACGCUCUCCGGAAUGGUGUGAUCCGAAGCGUAUGUGAACUGCAUAUGGGGUGGGGAUGGGGCUUGGAAAAAGCCGAGGGAGGCGACAUUGGGUUCUGCGAGGACAGAAGCCACGCCAGCCUUGCAGGCCAGAACUUCAGGAGGUUCUGAAGAAGACUCAUUUUGCCUUCAGAGAGAAAUAGGCGGUGCUGUAGCAUUGAAGCUUGUGCCAGAGCUAAAGAGAUCAAAGGAUAAUAAAGCCAUAUGCUUCUCUAUUUUCUUUCUUUUUGUUCCAGAAAGCUUGUUUAUGGACAAAAGUUGCAUCCACGUAACAUGGCAUAUGUUCACCUGCCAUGUUUUCCCUUUAGUAAGAGAGCUUUACGGUUAUAAUGGAUUAAAUAUACACAACUUAAAAAAGAAUAUCUGCUGUGGCACCUGCCCAUCAUUGGCUUCUUCCCCAAAGAACCCAUGAAAUCAACAGUAUCCCACUCUCCCACUCACCUGGGAGAGAUGGGUCAUGGGCAAUGUUUGAAAAAGUGCUGGUUCCAAUUCUCAUUAGUUGUGCAACAUGUAUUUAAAAACAAAACAUCAGUUUGUUGUAUUUGCACACUUAUUUGUGGUUGCUCUUGAUUUCUGUUGUGCAACUAGGUCAGAGAGGUGAUCCAUUUCUCUUCCUGUCCGUCAGAUAAAUAUGUAAGCCUUAAUAAAAAAAGAUGCUCAGAAUCCGCUGAUCUCUUCUGGGCUUUUGCAACAA